AUGUCAAUGUCGCUCAGACCCUCCUGCAAUGCUUCCAGCGGCGUGGAUGAUCUCCAGGUCCCUGCCACGUGGACGAGUCCGGAAGUCGCGCAACGAGAAGCUGAUUGGUUGAGGGAGAACCUCAAGGCGUGGCUGGACAACGAGUACUGCCCCGAGCCCGCCAACAUCGGAAUCAGCGAGCGAUGCGCAAAGGUCUACUACCGCUGCUUGCUAAAUCAGGAACGGGAGAUUGCACAGAUUCUUAUGCAGAUGGUGUAUGACUUGGAAAGCUUUUCGUUCAAGGAGAGCUUUCAUGGGCCCUUUUCAUCAGCCAAUGCAGCAGUGGCACUCAUAUGCGAUAGAGCUGCCACUAACAGUGAUUAG